GAAUUAUAAUUUUUAGUAGAGAAUCGAGUUCGGAUAAGUAGAGAGUUCUCGAUAACCGAAUAAAAAAAACCAUGAGGAUUAUACACUUUUUGAUAUUAUCGGUGGGAGUUUUUGACGUAGUUAAUUCUUCCGGAUGGUUUGGAAUAUUCGACGACCUGUGGGAGGAGCUUUUUGGAACGCCGCAAUCUACCACGGUUUCCAAUACCGGUUCUAAGGACGACGAAGAUUUUUGCACUAUCCUCGACGAAUGGUUCGGGGAUAGCGAUGAUGACAGCGACAGCGACAGUGUAGACAGCGACGAGGAUAGCGAUAACGAAGAAAAUAAUAACGUUUUUCCGGUCGGCCAACCAGAUUGGAUGCAGGGAACGGUUCCUCCUCUUACGGUUCACCAACAACCGCAAGUGCAGCCUGGUUAUCAUCCUUAUGAUAACCCCAGUAAUCCUUAUCCUGGUCAACAACAACAGCAACAACAAUUUCAGCCUCCUUACAACCCCGGUGCUUCUUAUCCUGCUCAACAAUCGCAACAACCACAGCCAGGACAACAGCAAUUGCCAUCUUAUAACCCGAGUGCUUCUUAUCCUGCUCAACAAUCGCAACAACCACAGCCAGGACAGCAACAAUUGCCAUCUUAUAACCCGAGUGCUUCUUAUCCUGGUCAACAAGCACAGCCAGGACAACAACAAUUGCCACCCUCUAACCCGAGUGCCUUUUAUCCUGGUCCACAACAACAACAACCACAGCCGGGACAGCAACAACAAUUUCCGGCUCCUUAUAACCCGAGUGCUUCUUAUCCUAGUGAACAACAACAGCAACAACCAGAUCCAGUUUAUUACGGACAACCUCCGAUCGCCGCUGUGCCGUCACAGCCCUACUGGUCAUCACCCGCGCAACAAAAUCAACAAAUUCAACCCGCGAUCCAACAACAACAAAAACCUCCCCAACCACCCCAACUGCAACCCUCUUCACCCUACUACGCUCCUCGACCGAUUCCGUCUGCACCUCCUCUAGUUUCCCAACCGCUUCCGGUUCCUCAACCUGCACCGAUUCCUCCGGUUGGCGGAGUUCCGGCGCAAGAAGAAGCUCCUGGUUAUUCUGCGGGAGCGCAAGAACAGCCGGGAAAUUCCGAUUCCGAAACUCAAGAGGCUUCGGCAAGCGAUUCGCAGGGAGAUCAGGAUUCCCUCGUCCUUUCGUUGGCUGGUGACGAAAUCGACGAUACUAACGACGAAAGUUCGACGAAUGAGAACUCGGAGAACACUUCGUAGAGUUGAAAAUUAUUUCGCGAUAUACAACACGUGCAGCAACAUUUCCAUGAAAAUCGGGGGCACGAAUUUUUCAGGCGUUUUUUGCGAGAACGUUCCGUCCCGACGUUAAUUUUCUCGCAGAACUUUACGCGAGUCCCUUUGGAAAUGCGGGUCGAUACGUAUUUCUCUGGAUCACCCCACCUGCGAGAACAAAAAUUGCAAGAAAAAAACAAAAUAUCGUUCAAAAGAAGUUGAGAUUACUUGUAGACCUUGUUGGGAUAACGAAUCUGGAAGUAAUUUCAACCAGCGAUUUUUGCGACCGAUAACAAAUUUGGGAAUUUGUAACACCGAUCGAUCGGUAACUGAAUAAGUGAUUCCAAAAAAAAAAAAAGAUUUCACGUAGAAAAGAAGCAAAAAAACAAAAAAAAAGAGUUUACCAAACUGUGACAAAAACAGAAAUCUGGUUUUGGGUAUUUAAGCUCCGUCGAACUUGAUAACGUGUCUAAAUGACGAAAUGAGCUACAAAAUCGCGUAUUAUAUUAUAGAGUUACUACAUGCGUGUUUCGUGUUUUACGCUGAGCGAGUUUAAUUAAUUAUGUUCAUGUGGUUUGCCGUGAAUAGAAUGUUCGAAACGUACAUACGUUCAAACUACAGUGUGUGCUGCGUUUGACUAUAAUAGAACGAUUAUCGAAAAUUAGUUAGCAUAAAUAUCCCCCGGAGCCCGUAAGCGCGCCCGCUUUUCCCUAUGACAGGGUCGAAUUUCAUCGUUUUUAUGGCGUCCAUACGUAACCUAAUUACCCUAAAAAACAAUCGCAAAAAUUGUUCAUCCGAUUAUUUUGCAUAAUUAACGAAAACAGCGAUUCUAACUAAAAUUUAAGCGCGCCUAAUUUACAUGUUAUCUACAUUUUAAGCCGAUCUUUAUUAAGGGUAUAUAUGUGAAAAUUUUUUCAUCCCGCACCCUGCAUCCCCUCUGUCAUUUUCUCCUCGCCAAUCGAUUUCGAACACAAUCAAAUUAAAUAAAUAAAUUAAGAAAUCCAAA